CACUUCAAAUUCUGUAUGGGAUUUUCUGAAGAAACUUCAGCUCAGUUGGAAUUCAUAAGGCAGCAUCUCCUUGCUGAUUUUGCUUCCAUGGAAACCUUCAUGGUUUCCGACCCAUCGCUUGUUUAUACCCCAAACCCCCUAAAGCAAUCGACGCUUAGCCGCCGUCGUCCUUGUCUUAGCGUUACGAUCCCUCCGGCAUAUGUUUACACGGCUUCAGCUCCGGUUGCAGUUGCGGCCGAACCGUGCGAGGAAAGGCGUUACAGGGGCGUUAGAAGACGGUCGUGGGGCAAGUUCGCGGCUGAAAUCAGAGACCCUAACAAGAAAGGCGCCCGGGUUUGGCUCGGAACCUUCGACACCGCCAUUGAAGCUGCAAAAGCGUACGACGGAGCUGCGUUUAAGCUACGUGGGAGCAAAGCCAUAUUGAACUUCCCUCUUGAAGCUGGGAAAUCAAAUUCAUCCUUAUCCGAGGAUAAUUCGUUUUCGAGGAAAAGGAAAAGAAGUGAAGAGGAAGAAGAAAAGAGGGUGAAGUUGGAGUGUAAAGUAGUGUAAAGGGAGGAGUUGAAGGCGGAGGCCCCCAAGGAGGCGGUGCCGGUAACGGUGGCGGAAAGUGUAACGUCGUCGAAUUGGACGGGGUUUGGAGAUAGCGAAGAAUGAAAUAUUUGGUGG